AUGAGCGAAGGAUUCACGCCAGACGAGAGUUUCCAGGGCGAGUCGGCUCUGGGGAAUGUUCACGUGCAGGACUGGCGCAAGCCUUUCAAAUGGGUUCGGGCGAAAGAGCUGCACAAGGAUGCCAAGCUUUUCUCCGUCAUUCAGGCAGACAACAUUGUACAGGGGGAGUUGGGCGAUUGCUGGCUUUUAGCGGCGAUGGCUGUUUUCGCAGACUUUCCGGGCCACAUCAUGAACCUGUUUGAUGACAUCAAUCUCAAAGAGAGUGGUCGAUACGUCAUCAGGCUGUGGGACAUCAAAGGCAAAGGCGAGUGGCAGGAUGUGGAAGUCGAUGACCUGAUCCCUUGCGACAAGUACUGCAAGCCCUUGUUUGCUCAAUUGACCGGUGAAAGUGGCAGCAUGUGGGCGCUGUUGCUUGAAAAAGCUUUCGCGAAGUUCGUCGGUACCUACGAGAAGCUGGUUGGAGGGAGCACGGGGUGGGCUUGGCAGGUGCUCACGGGGCAGCCCUGGAUGGCGCGAUGGUCGCGGGAUCCGGGCCAGAAGUGGACGCGCUGGGAGAUGUGCGACAUCCAGAAGUGCUUUGGGAAAGCCGAAGAGAACCUCGCCGCUGCAGCCAAGUGGCGCUCCGACGGCAUGCGCGGUGGGCGCUGGAAGGGACCUGUCGAGACAUCAGAAGAUGAUCAAAUGUUCCAGGCGCUGGCUUCCUACACCCAGGCCUGCUUCGCCAUCAGCUGCUCCAUUGGCCAAGGGGAUCGCGCUGAGGCUGCCCGCUUCACCGCUGGCAGGGCCAUUAUCAACGGGAAAGUGGUGGUUCCCGGCUCUUUCUCUGCGCGUGUGUGGGAUAUUGGUCCUAAGUCGAAGAAUUGCAACUUCCGAACUUCGUCUCUGCCUGGAUUGCCACAAGAGGAUGAAGAUUCAAAUAUUCAGAGGUCCUUUGCGCUCAUGGCCAGCGGCUCGUCCAGGAUCAUCAGUUUACAGUGUUUUGCAGGGAAUGUUUGCGCUCUUCUUACGCUUACGCCUCCGCUCGACCGGGUUUGUGCUCUCCUCGCCAUGGCGGACUGUAUGCCGGAGGAGGCCUCGAGCAUCGAGGAGGGGAUAGUGUCUUCAGACCUUGUCGCAGAGCCACCAGGCAAUGCCGUUGGAUCGGAAAGCGCGGUCCCUCUCGCAGCAUUGCUGCAGGUCGAAGUCUGCACGCUGGGUGGGCAGACGAUAGCGCUGGAAGCUCCUGCAAGCAUCACCUUCUGGGAACUCAAGCAGCAGAUUUGGGCGGCGGGCGGCCCCGACGUGCUGCAACAAAAACUGCUGAUGGAAACCACAGAGGUAGGAGACCGGGUGAGCCUUGCAGAAAGCGGCGGCAGGGGCAAGAUCAAUCUGACACUCGUUUGCCUGCCCAUGGAAGGCGAUUUGGCAAAUCCGAUCCGGGCUGUAGUGAGGUGCUGCCCAGCUCAUUGUAGCGAUGGCUUAGGGGCUGAAACAUGCAUCAGCAUGGAGGGGGCCCGCUGCUCCAUCCAGCCACCAGAGAGUGAGGGCAUCGGCUUCAAAUCCUUCGAGUUCGCCGCUGUCUUCGAUGGCACUGCCUCGCAGCAGCAACUGUACGAUGCUGUUGGGGCCGAGAUGGUUCAGCACGUUCUCGAAGGCUUCAGUGGGACCGUUACGGCCUACGGACAGACCGGCUCAGGCAAGAGACAUUCGCUAUUCGGGCCUAAGCCGGAGUCAGCCCCGUGCCCCGAGGAUGACAAAGUAGGUCUCGUGCCUCGUGCCGCAAAGAAGCUGAUGCAGGCAGCCCGAAGCCGGGUCCGGGGAAUGCGCUGGCAGAUAGCUUGCUCCUUUGUGCAGAUUCUCAACGAGCAAAUCUUCGACUUGUUGUCACCGCAGCCGCUGCGCGAGUGCAGCCUGCAGCAGAUGCAAAGGAAGGUGUACAUCAAAGGUUGCAACGAAGUGGAGGUGACGACCGAGGCUGAGUUCGGGCUUUUGUACGCUAUGGCACUUUCUCGGAGCUAUAUCGAAGCUUCAAACAGAACAGACCUCAUCUUCAGGUUCAGAGUCCAGACGGUAGACUCCUAUGGAUGCGUGGUUUCACGAAUGUUAACUUUCGUGAAAUGCAAAGGCUCAGAAAGACACAGCAAAAGCACGGUUGAAGGCUCGCUACUUCGGGAGGCGGUGCAAAUCGGAAUGUCAUUGUCUGCGUUGGGCAAUGUAAUCAGCUCGCUCGCUAAUGGGCGGUCGCGUUUCAUUCCUUAUAGGGACUCCAAGCUCACCCGCCUGCUGCAGGAUUCGUUGGGUGGGCCGGCCAAAACAGUGUUCCUGGCCCACAUUUCUCCGGAGUCAUGCUGCUGGCAUGAGUCGCUGAGCACUUUGCGCUAUGCGAACCGUGCAGCAACGAUUCGCAACAAGCCACUGGCCACGAACUGUGAACAGCAUGUAAUCUCGUUGCUGCCGUUUCAAGAAUGGGUGGCUUCUGUUUCUGUGGGGCAAGACCCCGGCCCUGAGCAAAUCCUGAACUCCAUAGCCGAUGGCCGAGAAUUGGCGCUGUUGGGGCUCUCCUCACCUCAUGUGCGCAACCCCUGGGGCAGCGGUGGCGAAUGGAACCGGGCCUGGUCUGACAAAAGUGAGGAGUGGGAGAAGCAUCCCCAGAUAGCAGAGGACUUGAAGGUAGUGGAUGCAGAUGAUGGACGAUUCUGGAUGCCAUGGGAUGCUUUUGCUGAAAUCUUCGGCGGGCACAUCAUGGUUUGCCCUGUGACGUUGCCGUGUCCAAUGAACUCCCAAAUCGUCAGUGACAAAGACAGUGGCACCAGGAUGCGAUGCCCGCAGUGCCGACAGCCCUACACCCGGAGCUGGGUGCUCCUGGCGAGCGAGGAGUCCACGGCAGGUGAUGGCGCCUGGAAGCGCCUGGCAGAUGGCAAAAGCCUGUGUUUCCUUUGCCUCCGGGCGACCUGCCGAGCCAGCGAGCGACUUCUCAAGGGCUUGAAGAUUGCGGGACUUCAUGAACAGCCGAAGCUCACUCUCGCCCCUCCAAAAGGCCCACGCAGAAUGAAAGAAUGUGAGCAUGGGGCGGCAUGCUAUCGUCGCAAUCCGCAGCACUUCCAUGAGCGCUUCCACCCCAGCCUGCUUCCGCCCGCCCCUGCCUGUGCAAGUGGUUGCGGCCGUUCCGCAGCAUCGGGCUACAAGACCUGCUGUCCAAAAUGCACAAGUUCUCCUCCAGAUCUCAAGGUGCACAUUCCAUCCAGGCACAAGGGCUUGGCAGGUCUGUACAAGGUCGUCGAGAGGCCGAAAGGUAGAGAGAAAGGGCCGCCAGUGUGGCGCCAAAAUGAUGGGAGGGGUUGGCUUUGGAAGGGGCACGUCUGGAUGAUGGGUGAUCAGGAGGAAAAAGUUGGUGGAGCAUCUGGUCUCAUCGCUGAGGAUGUUGGCGAUGGCAUGUCCGCUCGAUCGCCUCAUCUGGCAAGGGGCUGGCAGGUCGCAGGCGAUGGCGGCUGGGCAGCAGCUCCGGAUCUCAAGGUGGAAGUAGACGCAAAGCACGUCUCCAGCGAACAUGAUGCUCCAUGCGAUGAGCGCGAUGCUCGGGAACAGGCACUGCGGGAGCAGGCAGACAAGGUGCUUGAAAAAUGGGCACGUCAGGUGCUUAACGCUUGUAGAGGAUCUGAAAUGAGGCUCAUUGAUCCGCACGCCCUAGCCCUUAGCAGAUGCCAAGCCGCAACGAGGAUGAUUCCUUUCUGCACUUCCGAAUUCUGA